AUGGAUCAAGACUUAAAGUCCUCCAAGUACAAGGCCUACAAUGUGGAUGUGCUGCCCGAGGUGGAAGCUUACAACCAUCCAGGGGGGAACUUUCAGGGAGAUGCGGUGACUGGGGUUCCACUCUAUCCCGAUGAGACGCCAGGAAACCCGCGGCUGAGUCGCUUUGUGGUGCAGGGAUAUCAAGACCUAUGGGCUGCCGUGCUAUUUAUUAUUGUGUUUCUCCUGUCUUUGGCAUGGGGAGCCGUGAAUAUGGCCACGUAUGAGCCUAUUACUUUAAAUACAACCCAGCAAAGAAUUGUCGAAAUAGACGAAGGCGCAGUGGGGUUUUCCGUUUUCAUCCUGUUGCUUAUUAUCUUUGUCGUUUCCGUUCUUGGGGCAUGCGGCUCGCUGCUGCUGCUAGGCAUGUUUCCAAGGCAGCUUAUCUUUAUUGCGAACGUACUUACGGCCGUGCUUACUUUGGUUGGCGCAGUUGUGGCCUUCGUCUCGGGUGCCGUCGCCGUCGGUGUCAUUCUCGUUGUUGUAUGCAUCCUCCAGGCCCUUUGGUUGUACUUGGUGCGAGACCGUAUUAUGUUUUCUGCGGAGCUUCUUAAGGCCGCAUCAGAUGUCCUGACAAAGUACAAGGCCGUGUUUGGCUUUUCGUUCAUACUGACUGCGUCGUCUCUUGUGUACAUGGUAUUUUGGUGUGCCAUGUGCUUUCCCGCCGUGGACCGAAUGAAUGCUGGGUAUAAUAACGCAGGAGAUGGUUUUUUGAUCACGUUCUGUAUGUUAAUCUUUUUCUGGGUUUCACAGGUGGUGGACAACGUCAUGCACGUCACAACAGCCGGUGUGACGGCCACCUGGUACUUUGCCGGAGAAGGACGAAUGCCAAAGAAUCCAACAUCGGCCUCCUUCAAGCGGGCCACGACAACAAGUCUGGGCUCUAUUUGUUUUGGGUCCCUUAUGGUUGCCAUCGUGCGCCUCUUACGAUGGCUGGCGGAAAGUGCAAGCAACAACGAAAAUGAGUUUAUUCGCUGCAUUACGAUCUGUAUCAUUUCUUGCCUGGAGUCGAUACUGGAAUACUUUAACACGUACGCCUUUGUUCACGUUGCCGUGUAUGGGUGCGGCUACAUUGAGGCCGCCAAGCGAACCUGGCAGCUAUGCAAACAGUGCUUCUUUGCCGCCUACUUUAAUGAUGCUCUCGUUGGAUCCACCUUGAAUCUUCUCGCGCUUGGUGUCUCGGCGCUGAUUGGCGUCGUGGUGGGCUUCGUCUACUUUUCCGCCGCCGUUGGGACGGUUGCCUUCUUGGGCUCGUUGAUGGUGCACAUCCUCUUCUUCUCUGCGGUUGAGAGUGCCGUGACGACAAUCUUUGUCUGCUUCGCGGAAGUGCCGGAGGGGCUGCAGUACUCCGCACCAGAGCUCUACGCCGCGCUGCACAACGCAGACCAGGGCGGCACGAACAACAAUGCCGCCCCUCCGGUGCUGUGA